AAACAAAAGAACCAACAACAUUUCAUUUAUUUCCACAUUAAUACCCCGUGUUUAUCUUUCUUCCGCCUCACUUGGAUGACGUCACCGCACACGUGCUGCGCGUGGCCCCGAUCAGCGGUUUGCACACAUAUGGCGCGCACGCCCCGACUGAUGGGGGUGUGUGGCUUUGUGUCCACGUGACCAAUCGUGUGCGACAUGCAAAUUGGGUUUGAAGUGUUCCGCGGGAAAUCUGAGUUUCGCGCGAGCGCCUUUCGCGCUCUCACCCGUGUCCCCCCUCAUUCAUUGUCAGCUUCCUGGAGCCAUUUUUUCCCUCCAGCGAGCGGCGCAGCGGCAGCGGUGCUCGGCGCUAACUUUUUAAAUCCGAGCCAUCUGCGUGUUUAUGACACUAAUAUCACCCGAAACUUGACCGCAUCGACACUUAAGGGUCUAAUCUUUCCUGCGAGACCAAUAUUUAUGGCGUAAACGCGUCACUUUGGUGUAAAAAACGCGGCUCAAAGUGAGGUCAGAGAGGAGAGAAAAAGAGAGAGGCAGAAAAGCGACACACACACACACACACACACGAGCCGCGUCGAGAGACGAUGAGAAGAGCGAUCUCAUCCUCGGCCCCGGAGAGUGUGAUCAUCACCGGGGUUAGCGGCUCCUCGCCGGACGAGAACGCGGUCCUGACGGCCCUGGGCUCCAACACACACACAACCACCUACAUCCACAUCAUCACCCCGCCGCCGCCGUGCCUCUCACACACUCCCGCCGUGUGUGUGUCCGAGUCUCCGGCCGCGAGCCUGUACACCACCCCGACCGCUAGCGGACAGAGACCUGCGCUGGGACGGCCUCCGGCGAAAAGGCGUUUGGCUCUCGAUGACUCGGACCACUUGUACACAACUGAAGUAGCAAAAACCCCCAAGACCCAAAAUGGCGGCCCACUAGCUGUACUAAAGGGCAACAAAACACCAAAGUCUCCACCUGAGAAGACCCGCUACGACACAUCGCUGGGUCUCCUGACUAAGAAGUUUGUGCAAUUGUUGGGCCAGUCAUCAGAUGGUGUGGUGGAUCUGAACCAGGCUGCCGAAGCUCUCAACGUCCAGAAGCGGCGUCUCUACGACAUCACCAACGUGCUGGAGGGGGUGCACCUCAUCAAGAAGAAAUCCAAAAACAACAUACAAUGGAUGGGCUGUAACCUUUCCGAGGUUGGUGGAGUACUGACCCAUAAACAGACUUUGAGCAGCGAAGUGGCUCAGCUGGUGCAGGAGGAGCGCAGACUCGAUGAGUUGAUCCAAAGAUGCACACAAGAAGUAAAGCAGAUGACCGCAUCAACACAAAGUCAAAAGUUUGCGUAUGUAACAUAUCAAGACCUUCGGCGGGACAAUAAUCUGAAAGAUCAGACCGUCAUUGUCAUUCAAGCACCAUCUGAGACCAAGUUGGAGGUGCCUGAUCCACAAGAGGGCUUGCAAGUUCACCUCACCAGUACUAAAGGACCUAUUGAUGUCUUCUUGUGUCCUGAUGAGAAUACCCCUGACAGUCCAGUAAAGAAUGAGAAAUCAUGUUUGAAGGGAAACCCCUCUCCUUUUAUGAAAGUGUCAGACGAUUGCAACUCCAGUUGCUCAGGCCCAGCGGUAACAGUCACCAGCCUCUCACCUAUUACAUCCCCGUACACCAGCCUGCUCCAACAAACUGAGGACCAGAACCCCUACGCUGAACCGCCUUUCAUCAGCCUGGGCUCACCACCGCUUAGUGAUGACUACCUCAUGAGCCUAGGAGAAAGCGAGGGCAUUUCUGAUCUCUUUGAUGACCUUGAUCGCCUCCCCAAUCUGGAUGAUCUUCUAUGCAGCUGAUUGGAGCCAUGCAGACUCCUGCUUUGAGGGUGCAAACUUGUAAAAUGUAAGAAAUCUUUAACUUCCUGUGCAUCCUGUUUGAAAUGAUGCUUGGAGAAGGUCUACCCUCUUUCAGCCUGGAGUUUCCUGUGAGACUCUACUAAAGGAGCCAGGUGUUACUCAAAUACGUUUUCCUCGAAUCAAGUAAGUGCGUGCCCCCUGUAAUGUGCAAGUAACAUUACGUUUAAGAUUUACAUUAAGGACCUCGGAAUUAGCCAUGUAACUCAUGCGGGGUGGAUCUCCGCUAUCUUCCUGGUGGACCCUGGUCUUUUAUAGUUGCCUCAGACUCUUCAUCUUGGAUCAAAGUAAUUUCGAGAGGAAUGGCAAUUUGAAUUGGAGAUUUGUUUUUACACUCACUUGAGCAACCUGGAUGCCUCUGCUAAGGUCCUCCAUCUUCCAACUUACAGAUGCCUUGUGCUGGGAGUUGGUGAGCAACUCCCCUUACUUCUUUUUCUUUUCAUUGGCAUUUCAGAGCUUCUCUCCAUCGUCUGUGCCAAUAACAUUGGCUUUGGAUCGUUCCUAGAUCGUUCCUUCUGAUCUUUAGUCCUCAAUCUGCACAUAUUAAAUUAAUCAUGUGCAGAUUUAAGAAUCAUCAUUGUUGCAUUUCUGCCUGUUUGGAAUUGAGCAUGAACUUCUGGUAAAGAUCCUGAUGAACUGAUGAUGAAGUUCUGUGUAGAAUUACACAGCAACACCCUGCUGUCUAUUUUUUUUCCCCCAUAAAGACUGGGUUCAAGCAGAUGUGCUUCGUAAGCUGCUCUUUAUUGCGUUCAUUGCUGCUGCAGAUUUCUUCCACUCCUUGUGUGAGAAAUCACUUCAUCACUGCUUUGAAACUGUAAUGAUGAAAUAUAGUUUUGUUCAAAUUAACUUCUUUUAGCCUUGAUCCAAAGGUCUCUAUCGGCAAAAGGGCAAAUUCACAACAUGAUUUAUUUCAUGAAAGGUUGAGCUCUCUGACAGGAUCUCCAAAUUACUUGAGAUCAGAUGGAUUUGAGGAAUUUUAUUUCAAUUUUGGAAGUGCACUUUAGAACUGCCUGACUUGGAUGUUUGUUUACCAAGCUGUCAUCAUAUCAAAAAUAAAUAUAUAUAUUUUUUUUCUUUCUUUUUUUUUUUUUUUUUAGAAUACUGAUGUGUUCAUUAGAUCUCAUGAGCUUCAGCGCUUAAAAUUUAAUGGAUUUUUUUUCUACACAGAAAGGCCCAUGUCCUUGCCUUGUAAGUCAUAUAUUUACAUGUGGUACUGUACAAUUAAAUUUUAAAGGAACGGUUCACAUUUAUAGAUUUCCCUGUAUCACUGAUCAUUAGCCAAGAUAUAUCUGGUGUCUAAAGUUUUAUUUCUCAAGUUUUAGUAUAAUAGCUACUGUUAACAUUUUGUUUAUUUUUUAUUUUAUUUUAUUUUUUAAAUGUUUGCAUAACCUACAAAAAGGAGAACCAAGUGCAAACUUAAAAGAACAUCUCCAAAUUUCUGACUAGUCCUAGAAUGAGAUUUGCAAACAGAAAAAAAAUGAAAGAUGAAAAGAAAAAUUAAGUUUCCAAAAAUGAGUUGUGUAAUUGAAUAAAGCCCAUAUUUGUGGCUAGGCAUGUUUUAAAGACAGAAGUUUUAUUGCAUAUGUACAUAAUACAAAAUCCCUAUUAUAAUGAGUAAUAUUGGGUGAAUUAAAAUGCUCUUUUUUUUCUGGAAACAGACCAGAAAUAAGGGUUAAAAAACUUUAGUGUGCGGUCUGACACUUGCAUUUGUUUUAAAAUGGGUAACGCAAAGGCUUAACCUAAUUAUAAUAAUUAUAGUAACUAAUUAUAAUAAAAAUAUUUCAGAUCAAUUAUCAUUGCCCAAUCAGGGCAGGAAAAUGAUUCCUUUAGGCUAAAUUUAUUAGGUAAUAAACUAACUACAGCCAAACUUAUAUAAUAAUUAUAUAAAAUAUUUUGUGGUUCUAUUUCCUCACAGAACUGCUACUGUUCUUUAUUUGUAUUUUUUGUACAUACUAAUUAAUGUGAUGGUGAUGUCUGUACAUCAUUUUUUACAGAAGUAUGUUUGUAAUAAGGCAUCAAUGCUUGGUUUAAAACCGACUUUAAUUAAUUUAAUAUUAUGAGAUUUGACCUUUAGUUUGUUGGAGGAAAAAACAAACAAAACUGUUCACAAAAGUCACUGUUCCUCAUGUGUCUUUUAUAGCGCAGCAUGGGUUCAGAUUCAGUGUGUUACUUAAAGCCAUUGCUGUAGUAGUGCCUUCACCAGCAGCUAUGCAGAGAUCCAGAGAUCAAACUUUUACCUUUAGUGCUGGCCGUACCCCACAGGAAAUAUUUGUUUUCGGAAAUAUAAAAAACACAUAAUUAUAUAACCCCUGACUAGUUUUCUGUGUCGGUGUGUGCACCCGGUGAUUUGUAAAUACUUAAAUGAACGCUAUUUAUAAUACAAGCACUGCUUAUGACCUUGCUAAAUGAUCUCAAUAACUUUUUCGCUGGUCAGUUGCAGGAUUGUACCUGUGUUACUAGAUGACCACUAAUUCGACUACAAUUAAUCUUUUUUCAUAUUUUCCCAAAAACUCAUUCAGGAAUCAGUUCCUUGCAAUUCAGUAGGUUUAGUUGUGCAAUUCCUAUACACUGCUAGCAAUGAAGAUAAUUAAACUGCUGCAAUAAGGUGUGAAAUAAUAGAUCCCCAUGUUACAUUACACAAUUCCAAGACUUGUAUUAUUACCAUAAUACUCUCAGUGGAUUUGGGUCAGAAUUAAUAGCUAAGGUGUGAGGUAAUGUUUCGCUGUAAAUGUUCAAAUCAGACUUAAAUUUUCAGCAUUGGGACUUUAAAACAAAAAAUACGCUUAAAACACGCUUCAUUGUCAGUUUCCUGCGUGCAAUGGAGUCGUGGCUAGAACUUGCGUUAACAAUUCUGGGGCAAUGAUUUUAUUUCUUACUGUUAGGAUUAACAUUAGUAAAAGAAAUUUCCACCUAAAGACCUGUCCGUAUGUGUUCUUCAUUAAGAAGUAAUGCAACCAGUAGAGCAUCGGAAUUGUGGAAUGAACAGAUAAUUACAUUGUGAAAAACACUUUGCUGUCAUGUACAGACUGACAAGAAAAACCUCUCUUCUGGUUCACAAGAUCUCAAUCUUUACUCAGAAAUUAGUUCUAAAAGUCAAGAGUAUAUGAUGGUUUUCAAACAGAUACAUGGUACUUUACCGUUCUUACCUGGUUGAGGUGAUAAGAUCUUCAUUAGUUUUAGGCAGUUUACUCCAGUUUCUGUCUGGAGUCUAGUCCUCAUCUCUUCAAUUUGGUUUUUAUCACCAGCAACCAUUACACUGAGGUUCUAUAUAUGAAUCAGGUUUCUUAAAGCGUAUAUUCCAGUUCAUUAUCUGUUUGCUUAAGAGAUAUGGAAAGAAUCUUAAAGGCAUUGCCUGUUAUUAAAUCUUUUUUUUUUUUUUUUCUUUUAAAAAUCUGUUCAUUUGAAAUGAUAAACACCAAGAUUGGGAGACUCUGCUGAACUUAAGAGAAUCCUCAGGGUAUUAGAUUAGCAAAAAAUAUUGUUCCCCUUUAAAAAAAUAUAUACUUUCUCAUGUUCAUGUCUGUGUGUAAAGUAAUGCCAAUAUGUUAGAUAUGUUAGCCUUUUUUCUUUUUUGUUUCUGCCAUGAAGGAUUCCCUUUUUUUUUUUUUUUUUUUUUUUUUUUAAAAGAAAAAAAUAAGUAAAAAAAAAAACAUUCGAAUUCGAAAUUCGAUUUUCAUGCUUUUUGAUUAUUUUUUUUCAUAUAAAGAUAAAGUUGGUCUAUAUUGGGGGAAAUGUGUAACAGUCAAUUAAUAAAAGUGAAUUAGUAAAACAAGGUUGGCAUUUAAUGCAUAUUAUUAUAACGGAUAAUGUAUUUAAAUUCUAAAAACUGGCCAACUGUUUUAGUAGCAAAUCUGUUUGAGUGACAGAGCAUUGUUCUCUCUCUCUCUCUCUCUCUCUCUUUCUCUCUUCUUCUCUUCAUUUACUUAUUGAAUUACAAGAUUAAGAAGUUAUGUAAAAAGCAUGAAAUCUACCCUAGGUGAUUGAGAACCUUUCCAAUAUUUAUUUACUAUAAAUUAAUUACCAAAUAUUAAUAUUUAACCUAUCAACUUUGAAUAUGUUGCUCAUUUCCCCUCCCUCCAUAUUUGUGUUCUGUGUUUCUCUAAUUGCAUAUCUUUACUCUGGCCAUAGUUUCCCUGUGCGAAAACUGAAUGUGUGAGUAAGAAGAGCUUCAUGUUUUUGAUCCUGAUUAUAUCUGUUUUGUAUUUUUAGCAUGAAAGUGGCUGUGUGUAACUGUAAUACGGUUUUUAAGGAUGGUGUGUUUUGAUAAGCUUUCACAAUAUGAUGUCAUUAUCAGCUUUGAUAAAAAGAAAAAAAUGUAAAUAAAUGUCUUAAAUACAGCCUCUGUUGUGGCACGAUGAAACAGUGUAUUUUGUUCUGUUCUGAAAAUACACCAGAUGAUAAAUAAAAGCAAUAAGACUCAUUCCUCA